GUCAAAGUAAAAGUAGAAAUGACGUUUGACAGUUACAGUAAACGAAAUCAAAUUUAAAAAGUCGUUAUAGUUAGUAACUAAAAAAAAGUUUUCUUUAUACAUCGGAAUACGAAUACAUAAAAGGUAAUGUCGGAAAUACGAACAUUCAAAGAAGUUGAAAAUAAAAUACACGAAGAAAUGUUUAAUAAUAUAUAUUUAUUAAAAUGUACUUACAAAACCAAUACAGACUUUGAAAAGGUUUUCAAAAAAGAUAUGUUUGUUAAAAACAACAAGGCUGCAUUUUAUGAAGUGGUUUAUUACCUAUUGGAUAUUUUAAAUUCAGAUUUAACAAAAAAGAAAUUACCAUCCUGGCCACCAUUAGAAAUUAAAAGAGAUAACAAGUUUCGAAGUGAAUUGCUGAAGUAUAUAAACGAAUUAAAUACUAUUUAUAAUUAUGCUAAUAUACCUCCACUAAUGUCUUCACAUUUGAUUUCACCGGGUGGAUUCAAAAUAGCCAAAUUUUUAUUGAUACUAUCCCGGUUGGUAAUGUUUGAGCAUUUAAAGAAAACAAAUUCAGGUUUGUUACUUUACUGUCCCAUACCAAACAAAGAUCCGAAUAUAACCCAAGGAAUGUUGAAUAAUAUAAACAAAUUGACAUCAGAAAUUGAAAUUCGAACUAAAGAAAAAAUUGAAAAUUUCCAAAAAUAUCAAAAUGAUCAGAAGUGUGCUGCUAAUAUGCUCGUUGAUAAGCUAGCAGAACUAGAUAAAAAAAUUUCAAUAGCAAAAAAGGAAUUGAUAACAAAGGAAGAGGACUUUUAUAAAAAAUAUACUUUGUAUCCAUCAAUGAGUAGCUUGAGGGAAAAUUUUAAAGCAAUAAAACAAGAAUGGAAAAAUAUCUCAAGUAUAAAUAAUAUAUUUUUAGAAUGUAAAGAACUUACUUCAACUCUGUCAGGAAAUAAAUUAGUUGUAAAACACACUUUCGAUGAUAAACAAUCAACAGAAGGACAUGAUUUGAAUUUAUCCGAAUUUUUUUCAGAAGUUGCAACAAUGAUUAACAUAAAAUCUUUGGAAUUGCCAAAUCCAAGUAGUCAUUUUAUUGAACAAAAAGCAAAUAUAUUACGAUCUGUAAUAGAUGAAUGUUUACAAAUACAAAAAAAUCUAGAUAAUGAUAAAGAAAAAGUGAGCUCUCUUAUCAAACAUUUGUUUGAGAGUUUGAAAUAUGUUGAUAAUAUAAAUUCACUUGAAUUUGAGAGUGAUAGUCUAGAUGAUUCUUCAGAUGAUUUAGGAAUAAAACCAUUUGACGCUUCUGAUGAUUAAAUUUUACCAAUUUAAUGUUAGAAAAAAUAUGGUUGUAUAAUGUAAUUUUUUAUAUAUUUUUUGUAAUAAAAUGUUUAUUCUAUUUCAACUUUAAAAUAGGAAAGAAAGAGAAAUAUACUGACAAAACAGGAAAAUAUACAAAAAUAUCUGCACGAUAAAAAGGACCUUCCUCAAUCCGAAGGUACCCUGGGAAUAAGGGAAUUGAUCCAAAAUUUCAUCGUCCAAAGCAAGUUGUUUGAAAGUCUCAAUGAGCACGAAAUUCCAAAAAAAAAAACAACCCCUUCAACUUUAACCCUGUUUAUGAAGUCACUUAUGCAAAUCAGUGAGACUUUUAAUCUACUUGCAUCAAAACUAUUGUGUCAAGUUUAAAUGUUAGAAAAAAAUUAGUGUCUUUAUUGUUUACAUAAUAUUUUUAAAUUCCUAUAGAAAAAUGUGAAAAAAAGAUUUGUAAAUUCUUUAUUUUCAAUUUUUGUGAUAAAUUUAGAUUCAAAAUUUAAGGUUGGUAAGAUUUAAUUGUUUUUUAUAUUCAAAUAAACUGUUACAAUAA